CUGGGCUCCCCCGCAGCACGUGGGCGGCGAGGUCAUGGCGGGUUCAAUUACAAGCGCUGAUCGCUACGGCGGCUUUGCCAAGGCAGAAAUUGACCUCUUAUUAGUUGGAGAUGUUGCUGUUGGGAACCUGGCUGAAAUUAUACAGAGAUUAUUUUCAAAUACAGCUGAAAUCACAAUCACCAUUAGUGAUGUGAAGAGUGCUGCGGUCUUUUUGGAUGAUUUCACAUUCAACAUGAUUUUCCUGAAGAUGAAUUCAUUGCCAACUACAGAGGAACUAGAAGCUAUCAAAUUAAUUAGAUUUGGCAAAAAGAAAAACAUACACUUGCUGUUUGUUUUUAUAAUCCCUGAAAAUUUUGAAGAUUGUAUUUCAGGCCACGGAGCAGAUAUUAUUUUAACAGAGCCACUAACGAUGGAAAAAAUGAGUAUUGUUCUAAAUUACUGGAAAUCCUUCUUCUCAAAAAAUGCUAAGGAUGACAAUAUAUUCAGAGGGGAAGACUCCAGAUCAUCCCUACAGAGAUCCUUUAAUGCAAGUCCACGAGAUGGUUCCACUGAUCUAGUCCCUCAUAGUUCCAAUUCAUUAGGAGACAACCCUGGAGUUGGACAAAAGACUUCAUUGUCUGAUUCCAGGAAAAAUAAAAAGAUUUCUCUUCUUCAUUCAAGCAAAGAAAAGCUGAGAAGAGAACGAAUCAAGGAUUGCUGUGAGCAACUGCGAACUCUCUUGCCAUAUAUAAAGGGGAGGAAGAAUGAUGCUGCUUCAAUUCUUGAGGCAACCGUUGAUUAUGUGAAGUGUAUCCGAGAGAGAAUCCCUCCAGCUAUCAUGGUUCAGAUUACAAAGAUGCUUCAAAGCAACAGAAGGUUUUGUAAGAAGCAGCAUGUAGCCAACCAGCCAUUCCUCUCAAGUACUGUCAAGACACAAAGGGAACGUAAUGUGGUGACAAAUAGGCAAUCACCUGUGAAAGAAAUCAGAUUCCUGGGUAAUAAGUGCUUGAAUGUAUACUCUCUUCCUGCUUCAGAGUGCCCAUUGGAUGAAGCCUUGAAAGGUCAUUCUAGCUCCACUUCGCAAAAUGCUGUUGGUGAUAUGUAUAAGAUUAUUCCCACUGAAAUGCUUUCUCUAAAUUCUUUACAUGCUGAUCAGCCUGUCAGAUAUUAUGCCAAAGUUGUUCCUUCUUAUGAAGCUACUACCUUAGCAAAUCAGAGCUUUUCAAUUAAUUUUUCAUCUGUUUUGCCAAAAGUCUCAAGAUUUCCUUCUCACUACUACAGUUCUGCUUUGGGUCAGACCUGUUCACAACAUCACAAAUGCCUGCAUCAAUCUUGGGCAUGUUAAGAGAGCCUUCUUGAACUCCAUGCUCUUUGUAAGCAUGGAGUAGUUUAGUAACAGCUUUGUUUCAACACUUCAGGAGGAACAAGCCAAACAGCAUUCCUGAAAUCAAUAACCAAUGACUGGAUUGAAGGGAUUUAGAUUGUAUUACUCUUGGAAAAACCCUAGUGCUUCACAAAUCAGAAGGCAGUCUCAGAGGUGUGCUGGCUGCAUCUUUCCUAUACUCACCUUCAGAUUCUCCACUUCUCACUAUGACAUACUUCAUCCAGACAGCUCUAAGACUGUUAAAUUAAAAAAUUAAAAAUGUUGGCCUAUGCUAGCUAAGCCAUAGUUCUUUUUAAAAAGGAGUGGGGGUGGGGAGAGGAAAGAUUUAAUUGAUUGGAGGGAGAAUUGCAAAAAUUCAAAAGUCAUAUGAGUUGAGAUUAUUGAUGAAGAACAUGGAUAGCUAGAUCAUUGGCCAAUUUAGGAUUAUUAAACAUAAAUAUUGUAAUUAAGUUGUACUGUGCAUCCCCAUUCCUUUACCACAAGCCUUAUGUUUGAUCAUAAAGGAUCCUUCUACUUCUAACACUCAUGUAUAAUUAGUGUAGUGGAAGGGCUCAAUUAGCCUAAGUAAUAUGAAUAGCCUGUGACUGUUUUGGGACUGAUAUAUCUUCGUACCUUGUUAAAAAUCAGUACAACUCAUGUGUAUCUGAAAUCCCAUGGUACUAGUUUUUCUACAUUUAGCAAUUCAGAGAUUCUCUCUAGCCUAAAAUAAGACAUUAACUGAGAAAUGUAUUUCUUUCACCUUUGACUAUUACAUUUGUCAUUAUAAAUAUGUUCAUUUUUGUAUUUCAUUAUAUCUUACGUGAAAUGAUAGCUAGGAGGUAAAUACUCUUUCUCAUUUUUAAACCAAAGUUCAGUGCUGAUUUGAUUUUCUUUGUUUUUGUCACUUCCUCCUAAAUUAGAUGUUGAAAUGAAGAAUUUGAAAAAAGUUUGCUUUUAAUUUCACAAAAGUAUUUCUUUUCCUGGUAUAUAGUAUACUUGAUAUUGCUUUAAAAAAUACUCAGUUUUAGCUCUAUACUAAAAAAAUCUAGCACCUCUAGUGAAUAAGGAUCCCCUUCAUUUUGAAGCACUAUAGAGAAAAUUUAUUUUACUAACUUUUCAUUUGAGAAACAAAAAAGAUUUUAAAAAUAACCUAAUUUUAAUACUUUUGUCAUAUAACUUUUCUUGGAGAACACUUAAAAUUAUGGAAUCAACAAACAUCUGACAAAUAAUGAAUGCUUACUGAGAAAAUAGAUUUUCCCCCUAAAUGUGAAGUUAAUUGAUCAGUAAAAAAAGUUUUGCAAUAUACAUAUAUACGUAUAUAUAUAUAUACACACACACACAUAUGUAUGUGUGUUUACACAUGUAUGUGUGUAAAUAUAUAUAUGUAUAUAUUCAUUCAUGAAAACCAUUUACUUUCAGAAUGAAGUGUUGUGGGCUUUUCAAGGAGACUUUGUUGGGAUAUCUUAACCCUGGUUCCUUACAUGUAACAUAGGAUUGCAUGUGGCACUUCAUGCUAUUAAAGCAUUAGUUUGGGAGUUUUAGUUCUUUUCAGAGUGGACCAGGGUGAACAACUUAAGGUUAAGACUUCCAUUAACAGAAAAAAAAAAUAUGGCCAAAAUGUGGCUUCUGUGAACUCCCAAUAUGCCUCCUGCUUUCUUGUCCCCAUGUUUCUCUACCAGUGCUCUUAAUGGAGAAAAUUUACAUCCAUUCAUUAUCCCAGCUCUAAUUCAACAAGCCAGAGUCAUCACGGUGAACUUUAAUGAUGUAUACCCAUUAUUUUGUCAUCCUGGGACGUUAGUAUAAUGAAUUCUAUUGCUCCAAGUUAAAAAAAGAAUGUCAUCCCAGCAAAACAGGCCUGUAAGCCUUUAGCUAUGAGGAGAAUGGCAAUGUUUUUGUAUAAAAUAAAAUACUGUUAUUAAACAAAAAUUUUCUUUAAAUGAUGAAAAAUGUGUGAUGAUCUUGCCUAAAAAAGAGAAAGUAGAGCUGUAGUCAUUAGGGUCUAAUAUUUCUUCUUCAUGUAACUAUUGCUUCAUCUCAAUACUAAGACACUAAACUUGGACCAGAGUUUCAGGUAGGAAAAAAAAGGAAGCAGUACCUAUUCAGUCUGCGUCCAACUUUCCUGCAACUUAUCAGAUCUCACUCUGAUACAGCAGCUAUAUAUGUUUAUGCAGUGGAACUAGGUCACUUCAUUUUUAUUCUUUUCAAUUAAUGAAACUUCUUUUUACCAAAAUAUUUCCCAAUCUUUUCCUUCCAGGAAGCAAUUUUAAGAUCUGCCAUAUGCAUGAUGUUAAUUAUAUGACCAUUUGCUGCAUUACAGUGUUGGAAUAAAAGUUUAGUAACAUGUUAUUUAGUAAAUAAGUAAUUUAACUUAUUAUAAGGAAUAAAAAAUAUAUAAACAAGAACUGAGGAAAGUAUUCAGUGCACUAACAUGUGUUUACCAGCAUGUCUUUGUAGUUAGAUUUUUUUCAGAAAUCAAUGUUAUAAGGAUACUGUGAAGAUAUCCCUCAUGUAUCUGACGUUAGGCAUCUUAUAAAAUACAGAAAAUAAUCCAAUUUGUAUACUUUGCAUUUUUAAGCAGAUUUUCAGUAAUCUUGGUCAAGCAGUGGAGAGUUUUAUGGUAGAAAAAUAGAAUGAUGAAUGUUCAUUGGAGCAGCAUGAAGGUGGUUAUCAGAAUUAUCUUUACAUUAAACAUUUAUUAAUUAUAUGUUAUAAGGAAUAUAAAUGAGCAAAAUAAGUCUUUUUCUCAAGAAACUUACAAUCUAUUAGGAUAUAUAAAACAAAUACAGUAAAAUGUGGCUUUCCAAAAAAUCUAGUGCUGAAAUGGGGGGGGGGGAGAGGGCAGAAAUACCUGAUUUAGGGUUAGAGUGCCUGGAUUUGAACAAAAAUUCUGCUACUUUCAAUCUAUAUAAAGUUGGAUAGGUAACCUCAAUUUUCUUACCUCUCAGAAUAGUAAGUUGGACUGGAACAAUCGCUAAACUUCCUUCCAGUUCUUAAUCAUAUUGUAUCAUAUAGAAUCAUGGAAGUAUUGUGUCCAGAGACAUAAUGGACCUGCUGUACCUCUACCCUUGUCAGACCUUCUCUAUAACAUUGCUUAAGUUGAACACAUCCAGAGGAGAGCAAAGCAUGCUAUCUUGAAGUACUUGAAAGUCUGUCAUGAGAAAUAAUGUUUAGAAUUAGUCUAUUUGUCCAUAGAGAUUAAAAAUGGAAAGAGAAAUUACUUUGAGAAGUGCUAAAUUAUUGCAUUAAAUUAUUUCAGCAGUAUUAGCCUGGAGGUGUUUAUACUUCAUAGGGGUCAAACCUUAGUCCUGGUAUCUUUUUGUGUUAAAUUAUUAAGAGCACUAUUGGAAGCGCUUAUUUAAGCAGAGACCUGAUCUGACUAUUGUUAGGAGAGUUGUGGAAAGAAUUCAUUCUUGGUAUAGGGUUCAGACCAAAUUAUCUGCUGAUAUUGAGAUUCUUCGAUUUGAUGAUUACUUCUGAUCAUGAGUAGUUUAAAAUGAUAGGGUAGAAAAUAGAUUACAAGAGUUAAAUAUUAAGGAGUGGUGGAAUAGAAUUAAGUUUGGAGUCAAGAAGAUUUUAGUUUAAAGUCCCACCUCUUAUAAACACUGACUGUGUGACUCUCAGCAAAUCCUUUAAUCUCUAGUGCCAUAGGUAAUCAUCCCUAUACCAAUGAAAUGCGUUCUGAUCCAAAAAAAGAUAGUAAAGUUUAAAGGAAAAGAAAGAAUAGUAAUGUCAUAGGGUAGCACAGUCAGAGAAGGGUUAUUUUAGGAGUUACUAACAACAGAGGGGUAGAAUUUUAUUUGAAAGAAAAAUAACAUCUUGUUAUAAAUCAGACUUCCUCAUUUCCUAAGUACCUAAACAGUUAUUUCCUUAAGAAAAAUUGCUUAUAUAGUCUAAUUGCUUUAAAUAUCUAGUUAUAUAAAAUUCCUAGGAAUUCUUAAUAACUUAGAAAUUUAACUUUGGUACAAACAACAUACAGUAGUUCAUUUAACAGUCUAUAGAGUUUAUAUAAAAGAAUUAAACAGCAGAAUGCUCCUUAAAGUAAAUAUUUAAAAUAAUUAAAAUUAUAAUUUUAGUUCCUGCAACUCCCCCUUUUGUGUAUGUAAAACCCUAGAAAAACUACCCUUAUUUUCAAUGGUCAGCAUCUACUCAGAACCAUUAACUCCACUAAUGUAUAUACUCUUUUACUAACCAGCCAGAGGACAGAGUUCAGAACAAUACAUUUAAUCCACCUUCCAAAGCAAAUAGAAAAAAAUCUUUAUGCACACACUGGUGUACAUCUCCUAUAGGCGGGGCAGUGAUGUACAGGGAGAAGAUGUGGCUAAAAAAUAGACAUAAAAGAUAGAUUAUAUAUAUAUCAAGAAUAUGCAUAAUGGGGUAUAUGUUAGAAACCUACAUGUUUGUUACCUUUAAUGUUACAGGACUAACAAUAUCCUCUGCUGAUGGAUAAUUUUCUCUAUUCUGCAUUAACUAUUUGAACUUUAUACAUUGUUUUCUGGGUGUCUCUGUAGGUCCUAACAUUUUCUGACCUUUCCAAUACCCUUUUUUCAGCUGUUAGGAGCCAUCAUCUGGCUCUCUCCUUGAUGAAGGAUGCUUAACUUCUCUCUCUCUCUCUCUCUCUCU